AUGCGCUAUUUUUAUGAAAAAGUGCAGAUUCUUUUUGAGGAUGCUUCUCUUUUCUGUUGNAAUAGUAAACUAGAACAACGUGAAUCAUUUCCACCAUUUCGUAUCAAAUUGAAAGAUGAUGAUAAAUAUCCAGUUCAAGAUGUCACCAUCAUCAAGGAAUUAAAUAGACAAUGUAAAUUAAAUUUAACAUAUGGUCGAAUGUCAACAUCAGACAAUGAUAGACAUUUUUUACUUUAUUGCCACACAACAUCACAAUUUGAAACACUCUUGGUCAAGUCGAAUUGGCCGGCUACAAUAUGCAAUUUCUUGGAUAUACCAACUCAAUGGAAUGUACAAAACUUUCGUGAUGAACUUAAGGAACGAUUUAAAACAAUAAUUAAAGGCGAACGUUUAUUUGUGAAAGGUGGAAGAGCGAUACUUAUAAUUCGUGUUGAUUUCUCAAGCAACAAAGAAUUAUCGGAAAUAUUGAAGAAUAAAAGAAUAUUGCUUGAUGAUAAUAAUACAGCGUAUACCAUAGAAUCAUACGUUCCUCCUACUCGAAUACUUCGCUGCUACAUCUGCCAACAAUAUGAUGAUCACGUUGCUGCGCAUUGUCCCAAUAAAGAUAAACCUAUAUGUUUUAAAUGUGGUCAACAGCACAACUACAAUCCUGAAUGUCAAAAUGAAAUAUGCUGCGCACACUGUAAAAAGACAACCACAUGGCAGGAAAUCCAAAUUGUCCUUUGA